CUUAAACGGAAGUGUGAUAUUUAGCUUGAUGGGUCGGUGGGCGUUUUCUGAUUCGCUGAGCGGGUGACGUAGGCGCUUCCUCAACUUGACUAGCACAAACAGCGGAAUAGAAGAUGGCCGGUCACCGGUUGGUCCUGGUCUUAGGCGACCUGCACAUCCCCCACCGGUGCAACUCCCUGCCAGCCAAGUUCAAGAAGCUGCUGGUCCCGGGGAAGAUCCAGCACAUCCUUUGCACGGGCAACCUGUGCACCAAGGAGAGCUACGACUACCUGAAGACCCUCGCAGGCGACGUCCACAUCGUCCGCGGAGACUUCGACGAGAACCUGAACUACCCUGAGCAGAAGGUGGUGACGGUGGGCCAGUUCAAGAUCGGGCUGAUCCACGGGCACCAGGUGAUCCCGUGGGGGGACAUGGCCAGCCUGGCGCUGUUGCAGAGGCAGCUGGACGUGGACAUCCUCAUCUCGGGCCACACGCACAAGUUCGAGGCCUUUGAGAACGAGAACAAGUUCUACAUCAACCCGGGCUCCGCCACCGGGGCGUACACUGCGCUGGAAAGCAACAUCAUCCCCUCCUUCGUACUCAUGGACAUCCAGGCGUCCACGGUGGUGACGUACGUGUAUCAGCUGAUUGGCGACGACGUCAAAGUGGAAAGAAUCGAAUACAAGAAAUCUUAAAAAAAACAAAAGAGAGAGAG